AUGCGAGGAGAUGCAGAUAAGCGAAAACGUAAAGCGUACUAUCGAAAAUGUGCAGCCAGUUCCAAACGCGCACACAUGGAUUGCGGUGUGGGACCAAAGCAGUCAAACAUUCCGAAACAUUUGCAACCAGGUAUGACUGGUUAUUUGGUCACGUGUAAUCAGCACGAACGCUUUGCCACAAUGGAGAUUUUUCGUCUGCUCAACGACGCUCUAAAACGUGUUUGUCCAGAGUCCCGGUCUGCAUCCGAUUGUGAAUCAACGGUAAAGAACAACACAGUCCCAAUGGAAGCAUCCGAUCUCACAGUGUCGUCCUCAGUUCCUGUCGAUGAUCGAACUGAUAUUACCAACAAAAGUGAUGACAGUGACGACGGUGAUAUACUGAAGCAGUUGCGCCAAGAAAACGCCUCUGUCGGUGCUGAUCCCACUGUCACCAACUCAAUGCGCCAUAGUUUCUACGCGGCACGGAGUGGUGUUUCUAAUUGUUUGUUUAUCACGCACUUUGCGGAAUCUGCCGUUCCAAAUGAACUGGUCCACUCUAUCUUCGAACAUAUGUUACGCAAUCAAGUGGUCGAGUCACGUCAUGUACUUCGUGUGCUUCCGGUAGCGGCCACGUGCCAUGCCAGUGGACCGGAACUUAGUCGAUGUGUUCGAGUUUUGUGGGCAUCGUUCAUUGGUCACCUAGUCAAUCAGGUAAAAUCGAUCAAUACGGAAAAAAAGGAACAGUCGGAACAAACUGAGUCAGAAGAGACAACCUCCAAAUCAGAUGGUGAACUUCUCGAGAAACUGAAACCCCCAAUAAAUCCUUCAGAUUCUUCUGUCCAUCCGCUCUGCCCUCGUGUAGGUCUUCCAAGAGCCCGACAGGAAACAUUAGACGGGCCGAAAACAUUCUUAGUCUCGUUCAAAGCCCGUAACUAUGAUCGCCUGUCGCGAGACACGGCAAUCGAAAGCACGGUCAGUGCGGUGCGUGGCCUGGACUCGUCCUGGCGCAUCUGUCCAGCCGAUCCGUCUGUGAUGAUUUUUGUGAAUGUGUUGCGCAAUGUGGCCUGUGUUAGUCUGUUGGAAGAUUUCAAUCGGUUCCGGAAAUAUAAUUUGGCUGAAUUGAUCCCACCCGUUGCGAGCAAACCCUCGACUGAGUCGGAUUUGUGUACAGAGGAAAAGCAAUGUGAACCCUCCCCGGCGUAA